AUGAUUAAUACCGAAGUCUUGCUAGAUCGGGAACUAAGUGCGGGACUUUCCAAGUUCUCCGAUAAGGUGAUCUUGCCGCAAUCGGUUCUUUCGCAGAUUAUCGACGAAUAUCAGGAUAAUUUGCCACAUCCGUUGAUUUUCAGGAUGAUUUGUAAUGGAUCGCAAAGUUAUUUGGGUGUGAAAGAAUUCGGUGGGGACGAACAGGAGCACAAGGCUGGGAUCCCUUGGAUAAUACAACAGGAACUUGGAGUUAGUGAUGACAAGGACCAAGCCGUACCAUUGAACUUCACCCUUAUCGACUCCAUCCCAAAGGGUACCUCAUUAAAACUCAAGCCAAUCAAGGAGUACCCUGAGGUUCACAAUUGGAAGUAUUUCUUGGAGUCAAAAUUGCGCAACUAUACUACACUUACGAAGGGCAGUAUACUCUACGUAGAAGAUAAAGAUCAAGUGUAUGAGCUUUAUGUGGAGGAUGUAGAGCCUGCGAACACUGUGUGCAUUAUAGAUACAGAUAUCACGCUAGAUGUGAUUGAGGAGCUCCACGAGGACAGCAUUAAAAAGAGGAGUAGUGACGUGAUCAAGGAGAUUGGCUUAACUGUUGAGGUCGAGCUCGGAUCCUCACCUGUUUACAAAAUCCAGAAGGAAAAGGUAAAUGGCAAGAGGAUAUCCGUGGAACCUAUCGACAACGAUUUUGAUAAUGUUGAUGUGGUUUUGGGAGAUAAAUUUGUCAGCUUGGAUCGCUAUACAACUACCACUUUGGGCCUGGGCAGUCAUUCACUUACUGUUCCGCAAGAUACUGACUCGAUGGAAGGAGAAAAGGACGACUGGACCUAUUUAAUCCCUUAUGUCUGGGAUCACUCUGUUAAAGUGAACAUCGUAUUGUCAGAGAUAGAGGAUGAAGAAAUGGAGGUAGUACCUGAAGUAGGCAGCAACAACAACAUGGUCCAAUGUGGUAAUUGUGACAAGUAUAUACCGAAAGCAAGCAUGGUCUUGCAUGAGAACUUUUGCAAGAGAAAUAAUGUGAAAUGUUCUUGUGGAAAAGUGUUCUUGAAGAAUAUACCUGAGACUCAUUGGAAAUGUGAACACUGCGAGCAACAUAGCGAUACGCAAUUAUCUAAAAUAAAACAUUACAGGACAUUUCACGAAGGUCCAUAUAAAUGCCCUGAUUGUGGUGCAAGCGGAUUCAGUUCUUCCUUUGACUUGGUAUUGCAUCAUAGAGCAACCGAUUGUAGCUUCAAGCUCCAUGAGUGCAGGUUUUGCCAUUUAAUUGUUCCUCAAGAAGAGUCCAACUACGAAGAUAAAUACAAUAACUUGACUCAUCAUGAAAGUGAUUGCGGCAACAAGACCACCGAAUGCUUUAGGUGUCAGAAAAUAUUUAAGCAAAAGGAUAUUGCUACUCACUUGAAAGUACAUGAAUUGGAGAAGGUGCAAUAUGAUAACAUAGUCACAGUAUCUACCGAGAAAUGUUCCAACGACAACUGUAUUAAUAUUUUAAAUGGUCCAAGCAAUCUGUUGAGAUUGUGCGAUUUGUGUUAUGGUUCGGUUUACUCAUCUGUGGACGACCCAACCAACUUUAAGUUACAGAACAGGAUUGAAAGAAAGUAUGUCAUUCAGUUGUCCAAAGGUUGCGGAAAUCUGUGGUGUAAGAAUCCUGAAUGCAAGUCUUCAGGUAUGGCAACUGCAAUGACCAUGAAAGAUAUUAUUCCUCACGUUAGAGACGGGUUGCUCAGUUUCGUUGUAUCUCCCCAGCUUCCAAUAAAUAACCAAAGAGCUCAUAAGGAGAUCAACCAAAACCAAUUUUGGUUCUGUGUGGAUCAGAAUACGACCAAGAGAAAGUUAUUAGUUGAGAACUUGUUUAUCCAAGGCGAGUACAAGCCCGAAUUGGUGUAUAAGGCAGUUAACGAGAUAAGGGAGAUAUCUGAGGAUAGAAUAAGGAAUUGGCUAGAAUAUAAUGCGAUAAAGGCCGGAUAA